ACAGAGCUGACAAGAUAUUUUACAGACAUGGUCUGUCGUCGAAAAGUAAGCAUGGAUUAGCUUGGCUUACGAACAUAGGCACUAGUGGCUUCUUCGACAAGAACGUAUGCGGUGAAAAUCUGGUGAAUAGAACUCUCGUUAUCAAUGGCUUUUUUCAAGAAGGCGCAAAGAGACAGUUUGCCACCGGCUGACAGCACUGCUUGCCCUGUCUGCAAGGAAGAAUACAUGGACGAGCCGAAACUGCUACCUUGCUUGCACACGAUCUGCCAGGACUGUCUGCGUGACAUUGCGCCGAAAAGUGCCCUCAAGAUCUUCUGUCCUAUUGACGACCAAGAGCUACCUCUUCCGAUGGGUGGAAUUGCAAUGCUUCCUACUGACUAUCGCGUUUUGCGGUUUGUAGAAGCUAACCGCGGUCAAAAUAACAAGGUUAAGACCGAGAGGAAACCGAGGGAACCCAGAAAGGAGAAACCAGAGCAGACAGACCGCAGAAAAUCGAAAAAGACGGACGGGAAAUCGGGUCCUACCAUCGAAGAGCAAGAGGAACGCAUGAGAAAGCAAGCUGCAGAGAUGAUAGAAAAGAUGAGAAAAUUAUUAGAUGGAAAGGAGAAAGAGCUCUACAAAAAAAUCGACGAAGCAGUCGGCAGAGAGAAGCGAAGUCUGUCCAUGAAUGGCGCAAAAGACGAAAACAAAACACCCGCAAUUUUCCUCCUGGAUCUCACUCCAAGCCGUAAGAUCAUGCAGAACCUAAAGGACGAGGGUCUGGGCACCAUUCAAGGCAAUCGCAAGGCCCCUACCCUCCUCAGUGAUUUAAAUACUGCCGGUGUCACCCCCUCUGCGUCCAUUAAAAAUCCUCCCCCCAGUCCCACUUACCGUGACGCGGCUGACGUGAUCCGUUCGUUGAACGUGCCGCUACAGUUUAAGACCAUGUUUAAUCCUGGAGCCGUGGCUGUGGGAAAAGACGGGCACAUCGCUGUCACAGACUAUGGAAAUGAAUGCGUGUGGCUUUUCAAUGCCGAGGGAUCAUAUCUCUGUCAGGUGAGCCCUUUCGCUAUGUUCUUAAAGAAAUGUAUUAACAAAACUUGGUGAAACCAUAGACCUAGUCUUCUAUCUUGGUAAGAAUAGCAUAAGAAAUAAAACCAACCCUAUCCCAAAUCAAUGACGGAUGUCCAAAACGCGCCAUUUUUCCAUCACUGAAAUGGGGGGAGGGGAGGGGUGGUCUUAAUUUCGACGACAAGCUGUCACGAGGAGCGCUCCCAUAUAAAAAGGAAGUGGUGCUCGUUGGAAAUUUUGAAAACAGCGAGCCCAUAAUAGGUACCAAGAUCCUGUUUUGUGGGCGUGGC